GCAGUAUUUUCUUCACUGAGCCUCGGCCUGCUCCCAGAACGAUCCGCUACUCUGAUGGUGUACGAAGAUAUUGUCCAGAUAGUAUCAGGAUUCCAAGGUGCCCGGCCUCAGCCCCGAGUUCAUUUCCAGAGAAGGGCCCUGCGGUUGCCGGAGAACACCAGCUACAGCGACCUGACCGCGUUUCUCACGGCCGCCAGCUCCCCCUCGGAGGUGGACAGUUUUCCUUAUUUGCGAGGAUUAGACGGGAAUGGAACAGGAAACGGCAGCAGGCACGACCUGACCCCGGUCACAGCUGUCAGCGUCCACCUGCUCAGCGGUAACGGAACGCCGGUGCUGGUGGAUGGUCCCAUCUAUGUCACUGUGCCCCUGGCCACACAGAGCAGCCUGAGGCACAAUGCGUACGUCGCGGCGUGGCGGUUUGACCAGAAGCUGGGAACGUGGCUGAAGAGCGGUCUGGGCCUCGUGCACCAGGAAGGCAGCCAGCCGACGUGGACGUACAUUGCCCCCCAGUUGGGGUACUGGGUGGCAGCUAUGUCCCCUCCCGUGCCAGGUCCCGUUGUAACACAGGACAUUACCACGUAUCACACGGUGUUUCUUUUGGCCAUUUUAGGAGGAAUGGCUUUCAUACUUUUGGUUUUGCUGUGUCUGCUUUUGUAUUAUUGCAGGAGGAAGUGCUUGAAACCCCGUCAGCACCACAGAAAACUGCAGCUUCCCGCAGCCCUCGAGAGCUCCAAAAGAGAUCAAUCCACUUCCAUGUCACACAUCAACUUGCUGUUUUCACGUCGGGCGUCAGAAUUCCCUGGGCCACUGUCUGUCACCGGCCACGGCCGCCCUGAGGCCCCGGGCGCAAAGGAGCUGAUGAGCGGAGUGCAUUUAGAAAUGAUGUCGCCCAGCGCAGAGGGGGACCUGCACACACCCAUGCUGAAGCUCUCCUACAGCACCUCCCAAGAAUUCAGCUCUCGGGAGGAGCUCCUCUCUCAUAAGGAAGAAGAUAAAAGUCAAAUCUCCUUUGAUAACUUGACGCCGAGUGGGACGCUGGGGAAAGAUUACCAUAAGUCCGUGGAGAUUUUUCCCUUAAAGGCAAGAAAGUCUGUAGACAGGGAAGGGUACGAGUCCCCUGGCAACGAAGACUACAGGGGGAGUUACAACGCUGUGCUCCCGCAGCCUUUGUUUGACAAGCAGGACAGAGAAGAUCCGACACCCGCGGGAAGUAAACUCACCAUCCAAGAACAUCUUUAUCCUGCGCCUUCAUCUCCUGAGAAGGAACAGCUGCUGGACCGCAGACCGGCUGAAUGUAUGAUGUCGCGGUCGGUAGAUCACCUCGAGAGACCCACGUCUUUCCCGAGGCCGGGCCAGCUGAUCUGCUGCAGUUCCGUGGACCAGGUCAAUGACAGCGUUUACAGGAAGGUGUUACCCGCCUUGGUCAUCCCCGCCCAUUAUAUGAAACUCCCAGGGGACCAUUCCUACGUCAGCCAGCCUCUCGUGGUCCCCGCCGACCAACAGCUUGACAUAGAAAGACUCCAGGCUGAGCUCGCCAACCCCCACGCGGGGAUCUUCCCGCACCCGUCCGCGCAGAUGCAGCCCCAGCCCCUGUCGUCGCAGGCCAUCUCUCAGCAGCACUUGCAGGACGCGGGCACGCGGGAGUGGAGCCCUCAGACCGCGUCCAUGUCCGAGUCCCUCUCCAUCCCGGCGUCCCUGAAUGACGCGGCUUUGGCGCAGAUGAACAGCGAGGUGCAGCUCCUGACGGAAAAGGCGCUGAUGGAACUUGGGGGAGGGAAGCCACUUCCACACCCCCGGGCGUGGUUCGUGUCCCUGGACGGAAGGUCCAACGCUCACGUUAGACAUUCGUACAUUGAUCUCCAAAGAGCUGGAAGGAAUGGAAGUAACGACGCCAGUUUGGACUCUGGUGUGGACAUGAAUGAACCAAAAUCUGCCCGGAAGGGAAGGGGAGACCCCUUGUCUCUGCAGCAGAGCCACCCACCUGUCCAGGAGCACCAGCAGAAAGAGCCCAGAGCCCCGGACAGCACCGCCUACACGCAGCUCGUGUACCUGGACGACAUGGACCAGAGCAGCAGCGAGUGCGGGACCACGGUCUGCACCCCCGAGGACAGUGCCCUGCGGUGCUUGCUGGAAGGGGCGGGUCGGAGAAGCGGCGGCCAGCUGCCCAGCCUGCAGGAGGAGACGACCAAACGGACUGCAGACGUCCCCGCGGAGCCACCAGCCAGUCCCCGCCAGAGAAGAUCUGCUCACGAGGAAGACGAAGACGAAGAUGAUGAUGACGACCAAGGAGAAGACAAGAAGAGCCCCUGGCAGAAACGGGAGGAGAGACCCCUGAUGGCAUUUAACAUUAAAUGACGGAGCCACCCGCCUGCGGAAUAUACCAUUGCCAAAUAUCCCUUCUUAUGGAAGCGCGUACCUGUUUGUGGAGGAAAUUGAAGAGCGGCCACCGUGGGAAGUGGACGUUCACUGCAUUACCGUUUGCUGUGCACAUGUCAGAGCGGAAUUACGGUUAUUUCUCAGAAUAGAGGAUGACUCUGGUGGACGCCGCCCCUCCAGGGAGGCGGCCGAGAGCAGUGUCCAGUUAGUCGUCCACGGACUCGACGUGUCCACCUCCGGGGACGCUGAGAAAACCGCGCGUGAUGUCGCUACACUCCAACGAUCACCUCAGUUCUCCCUCAGAUUCUGGAAACAGAUGAAACUCUUUUUUGCAUUGCUUGAAUCAAUUUUAUCCCAAUAAUGCUACUGUGAAGCUAUUAUUGAGAAAUUCGGUUGGCACUUAGUGUCUUCAAGGAAUGCGUUAUCUCAAAGGAAAGCUAUGCAUUGCUGCUUCGUUGCUUAGAUCUUGCUUUGGUUAGGUUUUGUUUUGGGGUUUGCCUUUCCUUUUCCUUUUUUUCUUUUUUUUUUUCUUUUCAAAUACAAUUUGGUUGUAAAAAUUUCAUUCCUGUGUUUUAAUCUGUUCUCCUUCUCAGUGGUUUAUUUCAGUGUCUCCCUUCGGGAACUCCUGAGUGUCAUCUCUUAACAUCCAAGCCUUUUAAAUGAAAUCGUACUGAGAUUUUUUAUCAGCUAAGAGUCCUUCGAUUCUGGUCCCAUUAACUCCAAGUGCCUUUUUUACAGUGACAACAGACAGUCCCUCGCUUUUGUUGGUUUUCCGAACCCCUUUAACUGAACUGCCUGGAUUUUAUAAAGUUACUCAAUGAUAAUCCCUUUCUUUAAACUGCAUGCGGCCAAGUGCCAUGGGGCCCAGCAUCCUCCUCUCAACGCAGUGUACUCUCUAGUUAUCAUGUGUAACGUGGAUUCUGUUUAGCUAAGAUAGACGAGAGGACACUUUAGAGAUGCCCUUCCCCACCCUGUCCCUUUGGCCACUAGCCACCAUUAUGGUUUUAUUGGCUGUUUGUAUAUAUACGGUGACGUAUUAACUCUGGAAUCCUUUGGGCUGAUCUUGUUCACCAAACAUGGGAGUAUGGACUGAGCAAGUGGGCUGAAUGUGACUAUUAAAAAAAAU